AACCGAAUCAAAUGGUUCACUGGGUUGAGUUUAGAAAAAAAAUUGUGAGAUCCAACAAAUUAAAGUUGAGUAGGUUAAAUCUUUGAAUUUGGUCAAAACCGACCCAAAACACCCUACUUUCAAUUCAAUUCAAAGUAUUGUUUGUUUUUUGUUUGUUGGUGCUUACACCGGGAGAAGAAAGUUCUUGGAAGGAAGGAAGAAGCCAAAAGGCAAAGAGACACCGGCACCGGCAUGGGUCAAGCUUUUCGGAAGCUAUUUGACACCUUCUUUGGCAACACCGAGAUGAGGGUUGUGAUGCUUGGUCUUGAUGCUGCUGGCAAAACAACUAUACUUUACAAGCUUCACAUUGGAGAAGUUUUAUCCACUGUUCCUACAAUUGGUUUCAAUGUGGAGAAAGUUCAGUAUAAAAAUGUUAUUUUCACAGUUUGGGAUGUUGGAGGACAAGAGAAACUAAGGCCACUUUGGAGGCACUAUUUUAACAACACAGAUGGCCUGAUUUAUGUUGUUGAUAGCUUGGAUCGUGAGAGAAUAGGUAAAGCAAAGCAGGAAUUUCAGACAAUCAUAAAUGACCCAUUUAUGCUCAAUAGUGUCAUCUUGGUGUUUGCCAACAAACAAGACCUGAGAGGGGCGAUGACGCCAAUGGAAGUAUGUGAAGGACUAGGUCUCUUUGAUCUAAAGAAUAGAAAAUGGCACAUACAUGGCACUUGUGCACUCAAGGGAGAUGGUCUUUAUGAGGGCCUGGACUGGUUGGCUUCAACACUGAAGGAAAGAAAAGCUGCUGGAUACUCUUCAAUAGGAACCUCAUCCUUCUAAUCUAGGUAUUUUGUCAUUGAGGAACGUGCAGGGUUUGGCCAGUUUCAUUCAAGGAUGUUGUAAAAAAGUAAUCAAAUUUUUUGAGUUACAUUUCGUUACCUCUACAGCUGAUGAAUUAUAUAGAUGCUUUGACUUUCAAGGUGCUUAGAUAUGACUUUGCAGUGUAUAGAAGUUUGGGCAUGAUGAAUGAAAAUGAAUUUGAGACUCACGAAUUCUAUUGGUAUAUUGAUGCCCCUGAUUGUGAAUAUGUAUCUUUUGGUUCAUUUUCUCAUGA